CCAAGGGGUCCAAGGAUCGCUUUGACAAGUUAUGGAUGUUGAAAUAUGAGAAUUGUCAGAGAACGAUACAAGCCGUGGCUAACCCUUCCAAGCCGCUCGCGAGAUUUGUCAGAUCUUGUGAGAUAUUUGUUCGUUAUGCGUGGGACCUAAUCCACUCUAUGGUCCUCGUGCUAUCGUGGGGAAUUCAUAUUAUUACAAACCCGUGUUGAUGGUCCAAUUCCGUUGUCGGUGCUUCACCAGGAGCUCUGUUAUUGUCAGCAGUUCGAGAUGAUCGCCAAGCAGAAUGAAAAAAAAAUCAACACCGAAGUGCGCGAGACUCCUCUCUUGGGAGGUCUCAUAGGAAGAGCCGCCUUAAAAGAGGCAACAAGACAUCCGGCUGGACCUUUCUUGUUUGCCUUUUCUUCAUGGCCAUCAUCAUCAACUUGACCAGCACUCAACAUAACCUCGAUAGAUCACCAACACACUUUUGUCAUGUCUGCUCCCAACAAAACAGCCAUCAUCCUCGUCCACGGGGCAUGGCACACGCCAAGCCAUCUUGAGGGGUUGGCCGAGCCCUUACGCAAGGACUUCCUCGUGGAUGCGCCUGCACUAGAUACAUCAGGGCCAGCGGAUGUUGUGCGCAGCAAGGGCCUUCAAGACAACGUUGCCGCCGUGCUCAAGAUGAUACAACCACAUCUAGAUGCCGGCCGUGAGGUGGUUGUAGUCGCACACAGUGCCGGGGGAGUCACAGUCCCAGAAGCUGUGGCCGGGAACACUGUUCAGGAGCGCCGAGCCAAGGGCCUAGAUGGUGGGGUCAAGGCUGUUAUAUUCAUCGCAUCCCUUCUUGUUCUCCCUGGUGGGAUCUCGCUCGCCGAACAAGCCGGCCGCAUGCCAAGUGAACCGUGGUACGAGACGGUGGACGGCGCCUUGGUGCUCAAUCCUGGCGCAGAGAACAUCUUCUACAACGACAUCGACGAAGCCAAGGCGUUGGAAGCCAUAGAGAAGACCACAUGCCAGUCAACGAGGCUCUUCACCGACAAGGUGGAACACGGCUCUUUGAGCAUCCAGGCGCCCAUGACUUAUAUUGUCUGCGAGAAGGAUGUGUGCAUCUUGCCCGCCGUAUUGAACAUGAUGGCCGAUGGCCUGGGCGACAAGUGCACCAAGGUAUCUCUGGACUGUGGCCAUACGCCAUGGAUGCGGAAUGAUGUGCUGCCCAAGUUGGUUAACGUCGUCGUCGAGGCAGCGAGAGCGUAGCAUAUACAAGGGUUAGGGUUGGCGAUAUAGGCAAAUCCGUAACUGUAUACCUCACCGAAGGCAGGUAGGUGCCUUAUCUAGCUUAGGUACUUACCUACCUCCUAGGAAGGUAGUCAGCAGGCAAAAAGCCCUUCAAUAAGAAUCCAAGUUUUCGUGCAGACUGUCUGACGGGGUGGAUGGGGAAUGAGCACGGUAGUGAAAACACUCGCUCACUUUCCGGUGCACUUCAUUCCAGCGCCUUGUUGUCUCGGAAUGCGUUGAACCCCUUUUGAAGUCAUCCUUGGCAGCGCUCUAACGGCAUAGGCCUCUUCUUGUUGCAUGUCUAGCGACUUCCAGGGUGCGUAACUGGGCUAUGAAUUUCAG